CUUAUCCCACUACGAACUGAACAAAACUACAUAUUUCUGACGGUGUUUGAACUUUCACAGUGGUGGUUUUGUCUGUAUUCCCUGGGUCAUGUAUGUGAUUUCAUCCUCUUUAUUUUUCUGAAGGGUGACUAAUUAUACAGUGGGGCAAAAAAGUAUUUAGUCAGCCACCAAUUGUGCAAGUUCUCCCAUUUAAAAAGAUGAGAGAGGCCUGUAAUUUUUAUCAUAGGUAUACCUCAACUACGAGAGACAAAAUGAGAAAAGAAAAUCCAGAAAAUCACAUUGUAGGAUUUUUAAAGAAUUUGCUGUUUUGGGGCUGUCGCUGGGCAACACGGACUUUCAACUCCCUCCAAAGAUUUUCUAUGGGGUUGAGAUCUGGAGACUGGCUAGGCCACUCCAGGACCUUGAAAUGCUUCUUACGAAGCCACUCCUUCGUUGCCCUGGCGGUGUGUUUGGGAUCAUUGUCAUGCUGAAAGACCCAGCCACGCUUCAUCUUCAGUGCCCUUGCUGAUGGAAGGAGGUUUUCACUCAAAAUCUCACGAUACAUGGCCCCAUUCCAGGGUGUCCGCGGGGUCUUAAAAAGUCUAAAAAAGUCUAAAAUUACACAUUUUCAAUUUAAGGCCUAAAAAAGUCUAAAAUAUAGAGAUAUUUCGCAGUGUAAGUCUAAAAUUGGGUUUGAGUAAUUUAAGACCUACGUUUCAAUGCAAAAUAUCGACAAAGGAUUAUUUUUUUUGUUUGUUUUGUUUUUACGUCCUUUUCCACGCCGUUCUGUUUUUUUCUUUUUCUGUUAUGGUGGCAGUUAUGGUCCGUGUAGUUCUACAUGACAUGUGCUGUUAGUGGAACGUACAAUAAUAAAACUACAGAUGUGAAACGGAAAUGUACUGUCGUCACAGGAUGCAGCAGCAAGUAUUUUGAUUCUCUGUGUGCGAGCAAGGCGGGAAUAGUUACGAAGUAGGAUAACGUCCGAAUGGCAGGAGAAAGUAAAAAAAAAGGAUGGGUAAAUGUAAAUUCAACGACAAUUGGCUCUCAAUAGGGCAAUUUGCAGACUGGCUGAAACGCGUUCCCGCUGAUGACAGUGAGGCAUACUGCACGUUUUGCAAAAGAACUCUUAAACUCGGGACCCUGGGCAUCAAGGCACUGGAGUCUCACACAAAAUCCAGCAAACACCAGGAGUCGGCAAAUGCAGCACGCAAUUCCCAUGGAAUUGCCCAGUUCUGUUCAGUAGCAAGCAGCACGUCGUCAAUAAAUAAUAUGGGUAAUAUUCGUGAUCUAUUGGGCUCCACUGAUACAAUGAAGGCAGAAGUUCUGUGGGCGCUUAACACAGUGGCUAAACACCAGUCAUGCAGAUCCAAUGACGGCAUCGGAGAGCUUUUCCAAGCGAUGUUCCCCGACUCCACAGUUGCCAAAACAUUCCAAUGCGGGAGAGACAAGACGUCGUACAUACUCCGAUUUGGAGUGGCAGAGUUCGUCAAAAAAGAGCUUAUCUCAAAGGUGACCGGGCCCUUCGUCAUUAUGUUUGACGAAAGUCUUAACCACGCAACAAAGAGGAAGCAACUGGACCUUCACGUAAGGUACUGGGAUGACGGCCAGGUACAGUCCCGGUACCUGGGCUCACAAUUUAUGGGCCAUGCCACAGCAAACGACUUGCUGAAGGAGAUCAAAGAAUGUGCGGGCCACCUGGACCUCAGCAAGCUGAUUUCGAUCUCAAUGGAUGGUCCAAAUGUAAAUUUUAAGUUCUUUGAGCUGUUCCAGGCGGAAUAUGCUGACCUGUACGCUGGUUCUCAGCUCAUAUCUGUUGGUAGCUGCGGGUUACACACCGUACACAAUGCCUUUAAAACAGGCUUCUCAUCGUGGCAGGUGGACAAGAUCCUCAGGGCCUUGCACACAUUGUUGCAUAAUGUUCCCGCAAGACGAGAGGACUACGAGAAGACCACCAGGUCUACCCGCUUCCCGUUGGCAUGGUGUGGGCACCAAUGGCUGGAAAACCUGCCUGUCGUGAUACGAGCGUUGGAUAUCUGGUCAUCUAUGCUGGUGUACACCAAUGCUGUGAGGAGAAAGGAGCUUCCAAAUCCUGGCACUGGAAGCUUUGCUGUAAUCGAAGAAGCCCAGAAAGAUCCCCUGACUCUACCUAAGCUGCAGUUUUUCAGGAGCAUCGCCCAGCUAUUUGAUCCGUUUUUAAGGAAGUACCAGACUGAGGAGCCGGUGAUGCCUUACCUAGGCAAAGAUCUGGCAGAGUUGAUCAAGAGUCUGAUGCGUCGUUUCGUGAAACGAGAGGUUCUGCAGGACAUCACCACAGCCCAGCUUACCAAACUGGACAUAGGUGACAAGAAUAUCUUGAUGCCGGUGCACUGUGUUGAUAUUGGCUUGGGUGCUGAGGAGGCCCUCAAGGACAGCAAAAGUUCAGACCUCAGGAUUCUUGAAUUUAAAAGGGACUGCAUGCAAGGACUCUCAAGCAUGGUGAAGAAAGUACAGGAGAAGAGUCCUCUUAAGUACAGUACCGUUAGGCAGAUGGAUUGUCUAGACCCCACAGUGAUGAGCAGUGAUCCAGACGGCUGCAAGGCAAAGAUGAAGGGACUUGUGCAGACAUUUCUGCUCAACAGGCAGCUGGCAGGAGGAGUUUGUGCUGGGGACACCAUUCUCCAACAGUUCGAUGCUGCGUUGUCUGUGGAGUGCAGGCAUGAAGAUUUCAUCUCCUUCAAGCCAAUGCAAAAGAGGCUAGAUGUCUUCCUUCAUGGCUUCAUCGGCAAGGCAUACCCAGAUCUUUGGGCGUUUUGCAAGACCCUUUUACUGCUUUCUCAUGGUCAGGCGUCUGUAGAGAGAGGCUUCUCAGUGAACAAAGAGAUCGAGACGGAGAAUAUGCAAGAAGAAACAUUGGUCGCACACAGGCUUGUUUACGACUACGUUGCAAUACAUGGGGGCGUUACCAAGGUUCCACUUACACCUGACCUAAUGAAAUCUGUCAUGGCUGCCAGGUCACGGUACCGUGUGCAUUUGGACGAACAGAGGAAGAAGAAGGAGACAGAGACACAAGGGAAGAAAAGGGCACACGCGGAGGAGCAGUUACAAGACCUGAAAGUCAAGAGGGACAGUCUACAUAAAGUUACUGAGAGCCUGGGCAAAGAGGCAGAUGAGUUGGCAGAGCAAGCAGAGGGCAAGGCUGGGAGCAAAAUGGCACAUCUGAUUUCAAAAUCAAAUGCUCUGAGGAGGGCUGCCAAAGACAAGCUCUCCCAGCUUAAGGUUCUGGGGGAUGAAAUUGCCACCAAAAGUGCAGAGCUUAAAAGCAUGUAAAUAAUGUAAAUAAUAUGUUUGUUUCAUUGACAAUAAAUGUAAAUUGACGGCAA